AUCCCUCUGGCCUUACCAUCCGACGCCGACACGGACGGCAGAGAGAGCGGCGCGUGUUUUGUUGUUUGGCGAAUUUGCAUGAGGCAUGGAUUCAUAAUUAUUAAUAAUCUGCACAGUGCAGAAAGAGUAAACUAGGCCUAGGCCCACUUAAGCUGUAAUCUGGAGGUAAUGGAUUUGACAUCUCUUAACAAUGGCUCCAAACAAGCAACAGACUACGAGGAGAGGCAACAGGUUAUAUCAGAACUAACCUCCUUUAUUACACAGCAUGAAGAGAAUCUUGAUGAGCUGAUGGUUCAGUUAGAUUGGACAAAAGAAAAAACAAUGGAGUCCAAACAAUUGGUACAGUGUCCAGUUAAUGACAGCCAUUUUGUAGCAGAGGAAUCGCUUAAACAACAUGCUAAGCAGUGCCGUCUACACAGCCAAGACUACACUAUAGAAGAACAGCAAGAAAUGCAGUCUUUGGAUUGGUUGUAUUCAAAAAUGAAAAAUGUAGUCCCAGUGAAAAUAGAUGAAAAGCUACAAUCCACAGUUCUUACCCAGGCAACAGGCUUUCACUCGCAAAAACCUGUUGCUUUGACAGCGGAGAGAGAGGUCACAAACCUUACACCAAUGGAAAGAGCAUUCAUGCAUGACUAUGUGGUAAAUGCUGCUAAAAAGUUGAGGAGUGAUCAAGCCCUAAGUGAUGAUUUGACCGGCGACCCAGAACUCAGGCUGAAAGAAAAAAAGAAAGAGCCAACAACAUAUUUAGAACUGCUAGCAGCCCAGAGGGACUACAAGAGAAGAAGACAGACAUACAAAGGGAAGUCAAAGGGAGUGACGUCAAACAAGAAAUCGCAGACAGAGAUUUUAAAAGAGAUAAUUGAUAUGCAUAUGGAGGAGCUUUUGGAGCAAACCAAAGUAAAUGAGGAUCAAGAUGAGAAAGGACAAGAUAUGAAAAAGAGCAGAAGCAACUCCUCAAAGCAUUCUUCACGAGAAGGAAGCCAGUGCGACAGCAGCAGUAGGUAUUCCAACGAAUCUAGUCCACAACGAAACACCUCACCACAUAGGAGUGAAACCCCACCUCGCAAGCAUCGCCACAGGCAUCGAAGUAGAUCACCGGAUCCCCGAGAAAGGCGAAGCCAUUCCGAUAGAAAAUAUAAGAAGCAUGAACACAGGGACCGACGCUAAACCAGGUAGAAUUUUAGCUUUUGAAUUUUACAACCUAAAAAAUUUCAUGAUUUUGUGUAUUAUGAUUUUUUUAUACCCCAUCAUAUCAAGAACACAGAGGCUCAGACAGACUUUUGAUUUAAUAUAAUAUGCAUUAUAAUAAUUGAAAUUCAGACAACUUAUGAAAAUAAUUAACUGUAAAGGUGCAUAAAACCUUAAGUUUAACUCGGGCUUUUUUGUGAAGUAAAUUACAAAGAGCGCAUGCCCCUACUCAUUAUGUAUACAGUACUGCAGUUGUGUUGCACUUUAAUAAUUUUUAUUUAUUUGUUUUAUAGAUUCUAUUUGGCUCUAAUUAAAAAUUUUUUUCAGUGCUAUGCAUUAUUGUGCAUUAUUGAAGUUAAUUUAUUCUUGCAUAGAAUACUGAAUUUGGCCCCCAAUCCUACAAAGUUCGUAGGCGUAGCUCUAAAUCUAUUUGCCAGCCUAGCUACUUUAAAGUGACUUCAGAUACAGUUGUCAUCCGACUGCCGACUACUGUUUUCUGUGACAAAUUCAUGUUAUUUGCCCAUAUUUGGUGUGGAAUGAUAUUCCUAUAUAUAUGAUGACAAAUUAUUUAAACAAAACAAGUUGUAUGUUUUUUGGUUUGGGUUAACCCUUUUUACCCUUUUUAUCUGUUGUACACGUCAUGCGUACAACCAUUAGGGAAUAAUCACCACUGUUUGCACAUAAUGUGUGCAAAAGUUCAUCCUGAUGCAAUUGUUUACACACAGUGAGUGCGACAGUUCAUGCGUGUAAUAUUUUUUACCAUUUGUUUGCACACAAGCCAGGUUUAAAUUAUUUACACUUAUAGAGUUAUUUUUAUAUUUGCUUGUACAUUUACUAGGUUAUUAGUGAUUUAUUGACAUAUACUUAAUAGUUAUUGCAUUGGCAUGCACCAAGUUAAUAGUCAAUAAUGUAUAAGCAUCUGUGUUAAUAGUAAGGAAUGAUCUGAUUGGCUGAAGUAUGCACAUUACAUACCUAUCUCUAUAACUCAAUAUUUGUUGAAAGACUAUAUUGCUAUAAAAUAUUAAUGGAAAGUAUAAAGUGUAAUCAGAAAGAUAACAUACUAGAUUAAAUUAUUAUGGUCAUUCAUAAAUAAAGAAAUAAUGAGGUUUUUUAUUUAAAGGGAUGCUAACCCUCUGUCUAUAUUGUCGCGUUUACUUUGAAAAUAUUUGUAAUUUGGCCAUCAUGUGUGAUAUCAUCUUUACCAGACGGUAUGUGUGUGCAUGUUCAGUAUGCAAAUCACAUAUGUGAGGUCCCACCACGAAAUGAGACGCAUCGUUGGUGAAAUCAUUUUGAGAUAAUCACCAAAAUAGGUCAAAGUCAAAAUUUUUACACAAUUUUGAUUUUAAUGUUUUUUGAUAACUUGAUAUUUAUAUUUAAU